AGCUGUGAGCCACUGUGACUGGUUGUCCACCUGUUUCUGAUGACAACAGAAACCUUCACCUUCCAAAAACCAUCCCCAGGACAAGCUUCCAUGCAGACAUCACACUACGAGGUCACCUGGUACGCCUCUUGGAGCCCUUGCCCAGAGUGUGCAGCCCUCUGAGGGGCUGACCUGCCCCCCACCCUCUGGAAACUGGGAGGUUGGAAGAGGGGACACCUGUAACAGAGCCAGCAUACAGCCGGGGACUCAAGGCACAUCUAAGCCUUCAUUUCUGCUGUGCGGAUUCCACACUUCCUUCACCCCCAGAAUCUCAAAACCUCCCCUCACUCAACAGGGAGGUGCUGCUCCAAGCUCUGGACAGACAUUAGGGCUGGGGAGGAGGUGGUGGAGAGGGGACUCCAGCCUGUCCAUCCACCAGGUGAGGGGACACCUGCCUCUCUCUCAGCCUGGUCUGGACCCGCCUCCUGGGCUCUGGCUGCAAUGCCUUUCUCUUUUCCUUGGCAAUUCCCUUCGGUCCUGCCCAAGACAGAUAAAGACAGAGCAACCUGUUUUUAUGAGAGGUUCCUCUGCCAGGGGGAAGGCCCCGGGGAAAACCAGAAGGACGGCCAGAGCCAGAGAAAGAUAAAGCACCCCAGGGCCUCCCACACCGGUGCCUGAGCAGGAACCGAGAGGGGCCAUGACUCAUGAGGCCCUGUGAGGUCACUUUCAGGAGGGGUGCUCAGCUGUAAGACACUACAAGCAGGAAGUGAAACCACAGCGCUUCAGAAAACGAGCGGGACUGGGACCCACCUAACAAAGAGGCUGAGCAUGAAUUCGCCGAUCAGAAAUCCCAUGAAGUGCAUGUAUCAACACACAUUCUAUGAGAACUUUGAAAAUAAACCCGACCUCUCUGGUAAGAAGUACACUUGGCUGUGCUACGAAGUGAAGAUAAAGAAGGACACCUCAAAACUCCCUUGGAACACAGGAGUCUUUCGAGGCCAGGUCAAUUUCAACCCUGAGCACCAUGCAGAAAUGUACUUCCUCUCUUGGUUCCGUGGCAAACUGCUGCCUGCUUGCAAACGCUCCCAGAUCACUUGGUUUGUAUCCUGGAACCCCUGCCUGUACUGUGUGGCAAAGGUGGCCGAGUUCCUGGCUGAGCACCCCAACGUCACCCUGACCGUCUCCACUGCCCGCCUCUACUGCUACUGGAAAAAAGAUUGGCGGAGGGCACUUCGAAAGCUAUGUCAGACAGGGGCCCGUGUGAAGAUCAUGGACUACGAAGAAUUUGAAUACUGCUGGGAAAACUUUGUAUAUAAAGAAUAUAAGCCAUCCAUGUGUUGGGACAAAGACAAUUACGGAUUCCUGCGCCGCAAGCUACAGGAGAUUCUCAGACACCCGAUGAAUGCUAUGUAUCCAGGCAUAUUCUACUUCCACUUUAGAAACCUACGGAAAGCCUACGGUCGGAAUGAAACCUGGCUGUGCUUCACAGUGGAAGGUAUAAUGAAUGGCUCAAUUGUCUCUGGGAAGAGCGGCGUCUUCCGAAACCAGGUGGGUUCUGAUCCCUCCUGUCAUGCAGAAAUGUGCUUCCUCUCAUGGUUCCGCCACAACAUGCUGUCUCCUAACAAGGACUACGAGGUCACCUGGUACGCCUCUUGGAGCCCUUGCCCAAAGUGUGCAGGGCCGGUGGCCGAGUUCCUGGCCAGGCACAGGAACGUGAGGCUCACCAUCUUCACUGCCCGCCUCUACUACUUCUGGAAUCCAGAUUACCAGCAGGGGCUCCGCAGGCUGAGUCAGGAAGGGGCCUCCGUGCUGAUCAUGGACUAUGAAGAUUUUGAAUAUUGUUGGGAUAACUUUGUGUACAAUGACGGUCAGACGUUCAAGCCUUGGAACAUACUACAAGACAACUCUCUAUCCUUGCACAUCACGCUGCAGGAGAUUCUCCAGUGAAGGGUCUCCCCGGGCCUCCCGGUCUGGCUGCUCUAGCCUCCUGCUCUUCCUGCGAGGGCCUCCAACCCAUCCUGGACCAGCUUUGCUUUUGCCGGAUCAUCCUGAGCUCCUCCUGCCCUCAGGCCCAUUCCACACUGCUCCCCUGCCUCACCGCCUCCUCCCGGCUCUCCCGGGCUCCUCCUGCAGAGGCCCCUUUCUGUCUCCAUAGCUAUCUCCAUCCACCCGCUUAGAACCCAUUCCCCAGCCUGGCACCCCUAACCUGGCUCUUGCCAUCUCCCCAGCAAAACCAAAUCUUAUUAAAGUCAACACAGUUUGGGUGCGGUGGCUCAUGUCUGUCAUCCCAGCACCUUGGGAGGCC